AUGGCGACAACCUAUACUGAAACUCCCAAAGACGACACCAUCACCCAUGUCGAGCACUCCACCCCCAUAGUUGGACAGGAUAUUGCGAAAGCCGACGCUGCAGCCAAGUUUCUAGCCAAUGCGCAUGUCGAUGAUGUAUCUUUCUCCUACGAAGAAGAGCACGCACUCCUCAAGCGCGUGGACUAUCGAGUUCUCCCUCUUUUGCUAGGAGCCUACUUUUUCCAACAGCUCGAUAAGUCUUCGUUAUCCUACGUCUCUAUCUUCGGUCUGCAAAAGGAUGCAGGACUAGUAGGACGACAAUACUCAUGGCUUGGUUCUAUCCUUUAUCUUGCCCAACUAGUCAUGCAACCGCUCGCCGCAUUCAUCCUCGUCAAACUGCCCACUGGAAAGGUCAUCGGAACGGCUAUCUUCCUCUGGGGUAGCAGCCUGGCCAUCAUGUCCGCCUGUACUGAUUUCAAAAGCCUUCUCGGUAUGCGAUUCGUAUUGGGUUCCUUCGAAGCCAUGAUAGCUCCUGCGUGUGUUGCGACCACAACGAUGUGGUGGCGCCGUUCCGAACAAACUCUUCGAACGGGUUACUGGAACGCUAUGAACGGUGUCACAUUCAUUGUUGGGUCCCUUUUCACCUACGGUCUUGGACACAUCAAUAGCGACUCGCUAUACAAGUACCAGGUUAUCUUCAUGUUCUGCGGUCUCUUGACUGUAGCGUAUGCCUUCGUCGUCCUUGUCUUGAUGCCGGAUAGCCCGAUGAAAGCCAAAUACUUAACCGAGCGAGAACGAUUCAUUGCAGUCGAGCGUCUGAGGGCUAACCAAAUGGGUAUUCAGUCUGGAGAGUGGAAGUGGGAUCAGGUCUGGGAGACCUUGAUCGACUUCAAGACUUGGUGUUGGUUCAUUGCCAUCAUCGCUAUCUCCAUAGCAAGCGGCGGUAUAUCCACCUUUGGGAAUCUCAUCAUCCGCGACUUCGGCUAUACUAACUUCCAAUCUAUUCUUUUCAACAUUCCCUUCGGUGUCAUUCAGGUCGUCUGUAUCCUGGGAUCUUCCUGGGGAGCGGCACGUUGGAGUCGCAAAGGUCUUGCCAUUGCCCUUGUCGCGAUCCUACCCAUCAUCGGCACGAUCAUGAUGUUGACCGUACCACGUCAGCACAAAGGCGUCUUGCUCUUUGGAUACUACCUUGUAUCAUGUCUUGCUGCCAUCACACCUUUGAUAUACACUUGGCACGUGCAGAACACCGCUGGUGACACGAAGAAGAAGUGUACGUCGGCUAUGGUGUUCAUCGGCAUGUGCACAGGCAACGUCAUCGGUCCACUCUUGUACUCUGUUGACGACGCACCUCUAUACCGGCCCGGCCUUAUCUCCAACCUGGUAAUGUUCGCGCUGGUUGCUAUCAUCGCACUCCUCAUUCCUAUGUACUUGGCACUGUUGAACAAGAGACAUGCGAAGCGAAGAGAGGAGUUAGGCAAGAGCGCAGUGAGAAUUGACGAAAGUAUGUUGAAGAAAAAGGAAAUGACACAGAAAGGAGUGGAAAUGGAGGCGCAAGACCAGAGACAGGAGCAGGACAAUGGCUUCUCUGAUUUGACAGACAUGGAGAACGAAGACUUCAUCUACGUAUACUAG